CGUUUGGUUAAGUUUUGUAAUUUGUUUACAAGAUAUUCCUUUAAAUAUUAAAAACUCAAUAUUUUUAUCUACGAUAUUUAUAAUUAACUGAUUGUUGUUUAAAGGAGAGCUAUGUUAUCGCAUAAACGAAGAUCUCGCUCGCCAGAAUAUAGAAGUCAUUCCAGGAAACCUUCGCGACAUUAUCGAUCUCGAUCCAGGAGUAGAUCGCGAUCUAAAUCGAGAGUAUCCAACUAUGCAUCAUCGUCAAGUAGUAGAUAUCACGAUAAUGGACAUGGAAAAAAUGAUAGAAGAAAUACGGACCAUAAUCAUAGGUCGAGAGACACUCAUAAAAAGUUUGCCUCUCAAGAAGAUGAAUUUAUGGAGCACAGAAGACAAGAACGAGAGAUAUUGGGUACCAGGGAGGCACCCACUGUAUGGGGAAGGUCACCUUUAAGAGAAGAGCUUAGUUCUGAAGAGGAGAAAUUAAGUGAGCGUGAAUCUUCAAAGAAACACAAGAAAAGAAAGCAUAAAAAAGAGAAAAAGCAUAAAGAAAGUAAAAAGCACAAGAAGAACAAGAAAAAGAAGAAAAAACGAAAGUAUUCAUCCAGUUCAGAUUCCUCCAGUUCUGAGGAAGAGGAGGAACAGUGGGUAGAAAAAACAAGUUCAGAACCAAAAUUAUCAAAGAAAAAUGCCUCAGAUUCAGAAGAAGACGAAACUGUUGUGGGACCUAGCCAGAAACCACAUGCAACACUUACCAGCAAAGAAAUGGGCAAAGCUCUACUUCCCGGUGAAGGUGCAGCUAUGGCAGCUUAUGUAGCUGAAGGCAAACGUAUACCCAGAAGAGGUGAAAUUGGAUUAACAUCAAACGAAAUAGCUUCUUUUGAAAAGGUUGGAUAUGUAAUGUCUGGUUCAAGACACAGAAGAAUGGAAGCUGUCCGUAUUCGUAAAGAGAACCAAAUUUAUUCGGCAGAUGAAAAGAGAGCUUUGGCCAUGUUUAGUAAAGAGGAACGACAAAAGAGAGAAAAUCUGAUUUUGGGACAGUUCAAAGAUAUGGUGAAAUCAAAACUGGCUGAUAAAAAUAAGUAAUAUUUGUUUUUUAAAUUGUAUAUAGCUAUUAACUAAUUAAUUAAAAUAAUGUAAAGU